AUGUUGCUGCUGGACUAUCUCCAGCAUCGCCGAGAAUGCCGCUUCAAGCAGGAUGAGCGCGCCAGUCGCAUCGCCGCCCUCUCCGCCUACAAAACCCCCUUUAGCGCCCUGGAUCGCGACAUCAUCAGCAGGCCCAUCGAGGAGCUCGUCCGUGAUGUCCAGGCCGAUGCUGGCAGGGCAGCCGACCUUCUGCGCACCUACACAAAGGUGGCCUUGAACGCCCACGACAAGACAAACUGCGUCACCGAGGUCCUUGUCAAGGAUGCCGAGAAGUGGAUCAAGGACGGCUCCAUCAACUUCAAGGGCUCCCUCGCCGGCAUCCCCGUCAGCCUCAAGGACACAAUCGAUGUCAAGGGCUACGACAGCUCCGUCGGCAUGACCCGCAACGUCCUUAGCCCAAAGGCCGAGGAUGGUGCCAUGACCAGGCUGCUCAAGGACAUUGGCGCCGUCCCCUACGUCAAGACAAACGUCCCCAUCACCCUCCUCAGCUUCGAGUCUGCCAACGACGUCUGGGGCCGCUCCACCAACCCCUACAACCCCAAGUACACCCCCGGCGGCUCCACCGGCGGCGAGGGCGCCCUGCUGGCCCUCGGCGGCCGCAUCGGCAUCGGCAGCGACGUUGCCGGCAGCGAUGGCGUCCCCGCCGUCUACAGCCCCAUGGCCCGAACCAUGAACGACCUCACCUACUUUACCCGCGCAGUCCUCGAGAGGGGCACCUGGAACUACGACCCCUCGUGCCACCCGAUGCCAUGGCGAUCCGACGUGGUCAAGGAGUACAGGGACAAGAAGAGGCUCCGGGUCGGCGUCUUCCGCACCGACGGCGUCAUCGACCCUAGCCCCGCCUGCAAGAGAGCUCUGGACAUGACGGAGGCGGCCCUGCGCAGGGCCGGGCACCAGAUUGUCGAGAUCGACCCCCCUUCGCCGUACGAGGGACUCUACCUCGCGUCCCGCCUCCUCUGCGCCGACGGCCUGGCCACGGUCGACAACUUCUUCCGCACGGGCGAGUGGAACGACCGCGGCGCCGCUCAGAUGCGCUUCUACGCCAAGCUUCCCCGCUUCGUCAACCCGACAAGCACCCAAGAAUACUGGGCCUUGAUCGCCCGGAGAGAGGCAUACAAGCGCGGCUGGUUCGAGAUGUGGGACCGGGCCGGCCUGGACUUUAUCAUUGCGCCCCCCAACGCCACGCCCGCCGUGCCGCACAAUGGCAUGCACGACGCAGUGAGCAGCUGCGCCUAUACAUUUCUCUUCAACCUGAUUGACUACAGCGCGGGCGUCAUCCCCGUGACUCACGUGGACCGGGCCAAGGACAGGCUGCCUCGCGACUUCAACAUCGGGAAACUGAAUGGCAUCGCUCGUGGAGCCUACAAGUUGUACAACGCGGACGAGAUGCACGGCCUGCCCGUGGGCGUGCAGGUCAUCGGCCGGCGGCUGGAGGAGGAAAAGGUGCUGACGUUGAUGGAGAGGGUCGAGGAUGCCCUGGGGGAGGACAAGUUUCGACUUCUCGAGGUGGACUGA